AUGAAGUAUUACGCGAACCUCCUUACUCGCCACAACCGAGCUCAGUUCGCCGAUGCAGCACCGGAGACAGAUGACGGAGCUGACUCGGUUCGCAAACCUUCACCGUCACACACAAACCGGAAGAGAGGAAGACCAGAAACUUCCGAUCGUCGUUCCAAGAGGAGAAACGUAGAUUACCGAAGCUCCGAUGAUUGA